AUGGAAGAAACCGAACCUCCCUUCACCUCGGACAUUAUGAACGAGGUGAUGCCCCAGAGAUUCCGGAUUCCUCCUGUCAUCCAAUACUCUGGGUCCGGAGACCCAUCUGAGCACGUGGAAGCUUAUCGAUCAUGGAUGCAGAUCCAGACGGCAACAGAUGCAAUGAUGUGCCGAUGGUUCUCAAUCACGCUCACAGGAUCCGCUCAGAGUUGGUAUCGGCAGCUCAGGCCAAAUUCCAUCAAUUCCUUCGUAGAGUUGAGUCGACUAUAUCUUACCCAAUUCAUAAGUGGUAAGAGAAGUCAAAAGCCCAAUACUCACAUGUUUGCCAUCAAGCAAGAGCCGAAGGAAUCGUUGAAAGACUACAUCGCUCACUUUAAUGAGAAAGCACUGCUGAUAGAAGAUUACGAUGACAAAAUGGCGCUCGCUGCUGUGUUCAUCAGCCUAAAAGAAGAAAAAUUCACCUUCUCCAUCGGAAAGAAUCCACCGAAGACGUUGACCAAACUCGUUGCUAGAGCUCAGAAACAUACCAACGCAGAAGAAUUCUCCAAUGCCCACAAAAGUGUCCAAGUGGCCAACUCGAAUGGUAAAGGGAAAAAGCCUAGGAACGAAGAAUCUCAGCCAUCUAACAAAGGACUCGACAAUCGCGCCCCCUCAUGA